AUGGACGCUCCCAUCGAAAUUAAGUCUCUUGUGCAGCAACCUCCCUUCAAGACUGAAGGGACAGAAGUGCGGAUACAAGUCCCGGCACUCGAUAUUCCGUUGGAUGAUGACAACCGACCGAAUUUAAAGCACGAGAACGGUCGUCUGCGUGUUUCAGUGGACGUCGGGGCUGACGGUCUUAACGUCAUCUCCCCAUUCCCGACACCAACUCCUGUCCCUUUAGAUGUUAAGCUGGUGGCACAAAGUCACCCGGACGACAAGGAACUCGACGGUCUACUGCCCCCUGGGUCGCAAUGCUCAUUUACGCCCAAUGAGGCACCCUUGACGCACGUUAACCUUGACGGUUCUAAGAAGAGGAAAGACGUUGACCCUGGUGCUAUCAUCUUUGAUAGCGACGAUCGUAUUUUGUUCCAGGACACCAGGUAUCCAUGGGGUAUCGUUGGCAAGGUUCGCACCGCGGGCGGCUGGGGGUCCGGGGUGAUGAUUGGGCCUCGCCACGUCCUGACUGCAAGCAGCAUUAUCAAUUGGAAUUCUGAUGGCCGAGGUACCAUCGGAUGGGCCACAUUCACUCCGGGCUAUUACGAUGGUCAAGGGCCGUGGGGUACCUUUGCCGUCACCGAUAUCGUGUAUUACGAGAAGGUGUCAGGCGACGUGACCGAUCAGGAGACCGCGUUCGACUAUGUUGUCUUGGUCUUUGGACCGCCCAUCGGUAACAGCAUCGGAUACGCUGGGAUUAAAAUUUAUGAAGGUGCCUGGAACAAACUUCCAUCUUGGCAAUGCGUUGGUUACGCUCAGGAUCGUGCCAGAGGAGAGCGUCCCCUAUACCAGGGCGGUGCCGUAAUCUCCAGCUUGCAAUCCUUUACUCUCAACGGCAACACCGGUUAUGUACUUGGCCAUUUCAAUGAUUUUACCCCCGGAAUGGGUGGCGCGCCAGCCUGGGGCUUUUUCAGGGACUCGGCCGGGCCGAAAGUCGUCGGUGUGGGCAGCACCAUCGGCAGCACGGCUGUCGAACGGCCCUCAGGCUCUACAAAUGGCGAUAAUGAAUACGCUGGGGGGCCUGCACUGAACAGGCUUGUAUCGCAAGCACGAACAAAGUACCCGUAA